AUGGGGCCCUGGCGUACCCUGUGGCUCUGGUUCUCCCUGCACAGAGUCCUGCGGGCCCAGGACUCGGGGCUGGUGCAGGCCCAAUCCCAGCCAAGGGAAUUCCACAGUGAGAAGCCAGGCCCAGACCAACACCUGGGGAGGGAUCCUGGGCAGCUGCCAGGCAGUUGGGCCUGUGUCACUCUCCCUGGCCAGCAGUUCCAGGGUGUGUGGUUCGUCCUUGGCCUGGCGGGCAACUCCUACAAGAAGCAGGACCGUACCAUGCUGAACCCUUACACCACAGUGUUCGAACUGAAAAAUAACAGCCACUUUGAGGUGUCCAACUCCAUGAUUCGUGGCCAGCGCUGUGACACCUGGUCUUCUCUGAUGAUGCCCACAUCCCAGCCUGCCCGGUUCACCGUGGACCACGGAGGUGAGCAGAGGCCUGGCACCAACAUAGAGCAGAUCCAGGUGGUAGACACCAACUACACCAGCUUUGCCCUCCUGAUGUCUCGAAGACAGGCGACUGACCAGCCGAUCCUCAGGAUCAGCCUGCUGGGUAGGACCUGGACACUGCCCCCUGGGACACCAGACAAGUUCAUCUGCCUGACCAAAGAGCAGAACCUCACAGAGGACAAUGUCGUGUUCCUGGCCACAGGCAGAUGCGGGAGUCCUGGGCAGUGGUCAUGGGAAACACAGUGCAGCUCUUCUCUGAGACCAUGGGGAAUGGCCGAUAUUCAUUCCUGGUGGCCGUGGCUGCAGAGCACCCCAAGGAGCACCCCAACCGUGACUCAACGCCCCCUCGGGACCUCGACACCUCAUUCCUAAUAGGGUGUACUGUGCAACACACAGAGUCCCCUUGGUCCCUAACUUCUUGGUGUCUGACUGUGGGCCCCCAGGACCCUGCACCCAGCCAGCCCCACUGUGAAUAAAUGCUCUGUGCCUGGA